AUGAACCGACGCGAUGAAACAUCGAUACCAAAAUCGCGGAUCGUACCGGCCGUGAAAUCAAGGGGUCCGUCGAAAAUUCUACCGAGAGGGAAGGAAAAUACGCAAGCUGCUGCGAACGCGACGUUUAAACAGUUAAGGAAACCCAGCAUUAUCGAUGCAAAUAAAGGGAAUGGAGCUGUUGGCGCGCAAUCGCAUCCUUCGAUCGCGAAAACGUUUUCGACGAAGAAAACUCGUUUCCACGUUCACCGCGACAAGGCGAUCGAAGAUAACAAGGGCCAACAGUCGGAGGUGAAGGCUGCAACUUUGCUUCACGUUCCGCGAAAACGUUCGUUGGAUGCUGGAACGCAAACCGUUCGUAAAUUUUUACACACGAAAAUUCCUAUUCGCGUAAGGUCAAACUCCGCCACUGCUGUUCCGUCGAAUCGACGAACGGAGACAAGAUGCACCGGUACGAACAACGUCGCAGCAACCAGGAACGCGGCAACACCUGGCAACGAUGGAGUCACGCUGCGAACGCCGUUGGUUCCUUCCAAGGUGAUGGUUCGACGGGUGAACCACCUCGUUGCCUCAUCGACUUUGAAAAUCAGGGAAGAAGAACCGCCUCGGUGUUUCUCCGAGGCAAUGGAUUCGUUGCCUCCCGACUUGUACUACAACGUAGAGUAUCUCGACGAACUACCGAUCGUUGAACUGGAAAGAGAGAAACAGUCGCCAAAAUUAUCCAACAACUUUUUGAAGCAACACAUGAAUGCCGAGCAGAGGAAACUGGUGGUCGCUUUCCUGAUUCAUGCAGGAAACCAUUGCAGGUAUUCGUCCAACGUCGUCUAUCAAGCAGUGAAAUUAUUCGACGCCGCGAUGGAUCGAAUCGCUGUAAGGACUACUCACAUUCAGUUGACGGCGAUGGCCAGUUUGUGGAUCGCGGUCAAACAGCACGAGAACUUUCAGAAAAUUCCUCAGGCUUCGAAGAUUCUAGCCCUCGCCAAACUACAGUACAGAGGGAAAGAAGAUCUGCUGAGGGCAUACGAACGAAAGAUAUUAAACAAUCUACAUUUCAACACAACGUUCGCCGAUGCGUACUCGCUGUACAACUUCUGCCUGAUAAAUUGUAUAUCUUACAUGAACGUUUGCAACGGGACAACCAGGCGUCUAUAUUUUUGUGGCGGAUACGCGAUCGACGUAACGCUACUGGACGAUGCAUUUUGUCGAACGUCGGCUGGUCUGAUCGCUAUCGCAGCAACCGAAUUGGUUCUCAGUUUGGUUUUUGACGAUGUUGACAAGUAUGCUCGGCCACGAUGGCUGUUCUGGAGAGGUAUACUUUUCGCCAGGUCUCCUCGUUUCAUUCACAGGAGGAGUCAGAACAACAGACGUAACGGAACGUCGGGAAAGAGCCCGAGACAGGCGGUGCAGCAGAGGCAGGCAGCGAAUAUGAGGGAGAGGAGGCGUAUGCAGAACAUAAACGACGCCUUCGAGGGCUUGAGGGCCCACAUACCGACUCUUCCCUACGAGAAAAGGCUCUCGAAAGUCGACACAUUGAAGCUGGCUAUCGGUUACAUAAAGUUUCUCAACGAACUAGUCAGAGCGGACACGGGUAACGAUCCAUUGACGGGGAACGGCGGCCACUCGAGGUGUUCCGGUCGGGACGAUACCAAGAAGGUCAUAGUUCGUGGCAGCGAAGGGAACCCCUUUAUUUUCCACUCGCUAUCCUGGUCCAGGAAGUCGGACAUUUCCCCGAACGGGACGAUGUACGCGAAAGUUUGGACGCCGGAAGAUCCGCGGGCAUCGAAAAACGGCUCGUCGUUCGAGUAAACUCAGGUUUUAAUCGUUAAGUCUGAACAUGCCCCGUGUUAUUUAGUAUUUAAGAACAAAUGGCUCUAGUCGUUGAUCCAUAAUUUAUAUCCACCGUCGUAUUUCUUUCCUUACCGUUCGUAGCUCGAAUUGCUUUUAAAAUUAAUCGACUCUUC